UUUUUUUUCCUCCUCUUCCUUGCCUUUCCUUCUGCUUCCUUCCUUCGCAAUGUUCAUAAUGCUGCUUCUUAAACUAUCCCUUCUCUUUCUCUCCCUCCCCUUUUCCACCCUCCUCGCCCAGGACGACUCCGACGCCAGCGCCCUGCUCGUCAUCAAGGCUGCCGUCGACCGAUCCCACAGCCUCCCCUUCUUCCCCGCCUCCCACCACUGCCACUGGCCCGGCGUCUCAUGCGCCCUCGACGGACGAGUCGACGGCCUCCUCCUCCCCUCCUCCGGCCUCGCCGGCCCCCUCCCCGUCGGCGCCCUCGCCCGCCUCGACCGCCUCCGCGUCCUCGACCUCCAAAACAACUCCCUCGCCGGCCAGCUCCCCGCCGCCGACCUCUCCCGCCUCAGAUCUCUCCAGGCCCUCUUCCUCCACCGCAACCUCUUCUCCGGCCCCUUCCCUGACUCCCUUCUGCACCUCCCCGAACUCCUCGCGAUCGACCUGUCGCACAACCUCCUCGGCGGGCCUCUCCCCCCGGCGCUCGCCGCUCUCGAGGGACUCUUCUCGCUCCGCCUCGAGGACAACCUCUUCAACGGUUCGCUCCCAGCUUUCAACCAGUCGUCGCUCAGGAUCUUCAAUGUCUCCGUCAACGACCUGUCCGGCCCUGUCCCCGUCACCGCCGUGCUCGCCUCCUUCGAUCCCUCGGCUUUCGCCGACAAUCCCGGCCUCUGCGGCGCGCUCCUGCAGAAGGAAUGCCCUACGUACAGUUUCUUUCCUCCGGCAGGCAGUCCACCAACCGCCAUCUCCCAUACUCCCGCCUCCAUCAACGGGGAAACCCUGCUCCCUGGCGCGUUUUCACCUUCAGGAACUUCCCACAAGAAGACUGCUAUGGCUAUUGGGCUCUUGGUCGCCGCAACUGCGUUAAUUGGGGUUUUUGCAUCUUCGUUGGUCAUUAAAAGGAAGAACACAUCGAGACAGCAAGGUAGUGAUAUCGAGACGCCGGGGAAGAACACACCGAGCAACAACAUUGCCAGCAUCUCCGAGAUCAAUGCUAACAGCUUCAGCAGCGAACAGAUUGACAACACCAGCAAUGGCGGCCUGGAGUCGCUGAUGGCAACAUCGGAAGAGAGGACGAAGAGAAUAGAAAAAAACGGAUCUUUGGUGUUCUGCACCGGCGACGAGCCGCUCUGCGAUGUGGAACAGCUGAUGAGAGCUUCAGCGGAAAAGCUGGGGAGAGGGAGCAUCGGAUCAACGUUCAAGGCCGUCCUCGACGAUGGAUCGACCGUCACCGUAAAGAGGCUGGACAAGAAGAAUCUUGGGGCCGCCGCAAAGGAGGAGUUUGAGCAACUUAUGCAGAGAGUGAGCAGUCUGCGGCAUCCAAAUUUGGUGCCUUUACGGGCAUAUUUCCGAGCAAGCGAAGAGAGGCUCAUUGUUUAUGAUUACCAGCCAAAUGGCAGUUUAUGCUCCCUUGUUCACGGUUCCAAGUCCACAUCUAAGCCUCUUCACUGGACCUCAUGUCUAAAGAUAGCGGAUGAUGUGGUGCAAGGCCUUGCAUACCUUCACGAAACUUGCGGCUUGGUGCACGGCAACAUAAAGCCUUCCAAUGUUCUUCUCGGAUCAGAUUUCGAAGCUCGCCUCACAGACUAUUGCCUCUCAUUUUUUCUGCAACCAUCAGCCAAUCAAAGUGCAAACCCAGGAUAUCAAUCACCUGACAUUGAGUCUCACCGACAGCCGGCGCCAAGUUCGGACAUCUAUGCUUUCGGUGUAUUGCUUUUGGAGAUCCUCACAGGGAAACCGCAUUCAGAGCAUCCAGUUCUUACAGCGUCUGAUCUCUCCGUUUGGGUUCAAUCAGUAAGGGAAGAGGGAAUGAUUGAAGAGCAACUCAAGAUGAUCGUUGAUAUUGCCUCAGCCUGCAAACGUUCUCCACCAGAGUUGAGGCCAAAUGCCUCGCAAGUCCUAAACAUGAUUCAUCAAGUGAAGGAGGCUGCGACACAAGAAGACGACUCAAAGUCAACGAGCAGCAUAUCAUAGUCGUCGCCCAACUGCCCAAUCUAGAACUCGAUUCAGGAUCUCCAUUGCUGUCCAAAGGGGAAGAUUUCAUCUGUCAGUGCUGCUGGAUGGAAUAUGAGCCCUCAUCCAACGAGGAUUUAAUCAAAAUCCAGCCUGACAAAGAUAGAUUUCCAAUCUCCACAAACUGUGGAAGGGUUAAUUUUGAAAAUCUUUCUUGAAGGAGCAUUGUAAUUGGUUUACUUGUUUGAAUUCUUUCCAAUGUUUACUUGGAGGAAUAAAAUGCACUGUUCUUUACUUGGA